UUCCUAGCUCCAGCACAGCGACAGCCCUCUCCCAGUCAACUCUACACGUUCUGCGUCUGGACGUCACUGUUGCGGCCGCUUACGCAGUGGGUGAGAAGGCGAUAUAGAAUUCGGUGUUGUGCGGACGAUAAUAGAGCCAAGUAAGGGUUUUCACUCCUUCCCCCCAGUAGAGGGGUGGCGGGAGUACGACAUCCCCUUAUCGUGAAAAGAAGUGGUGGUUUCUCGGUGUGCAGGGGUUGUUACGAAAGACGGAACCUGAGGCCCUUAGAGUUGUGCAGGGGGACGCAGAGAAGCCAGUCCAGGCUGUCACUGCUCCACAGCCUGGCCCGGACAGCUGUAUCAUGGCGGCAGCGGAGUUGGAGUGGAUCCCGGAGACUCUAUAUAAUACGGCGAUCUCCGCCGUGGUGGAUAACUACAGCCGAGCCCGCAGGGAUAUCCGCAGCCUGCCGGAAAACAUCCAGUUUGAUGUGUACUACAAGCUUUACCAGCAAGGACGAUUAUGCCAGCUUGGAAGUGAAUUUUGUGAACUGGAGGUCUUUGCCAAGGUUCUACGCGCGCUAGACAAACGACAUCUGCUUCAUCACUGUUUUCAAGCAUUAAUGGACCAUGGUGUUAAAGUUGCUUCUGUGUUAGCAUAUUCUUUCAGCAGGCGCUGUUCGUACAUUGCUGAAUCUGACGCCCACGUUAAGGAGAAAGCGAUUCAAAUUGGAUUUGUUCUUGGUGGGUUCUUAUCAGAUGCUGGAUGGUAUAGUGAUGCUGAAAAGGUGUUUCAGUCUUGUCUACAACUGUGUGGCUUUCAAAAUGAGAUGCUACACUGCUUCCGUGCAGUGGAAUGCUGUGUUAGGCUACUCCAUGUAAGGAAUGGCAACUGCAAAUACCAUUUGGGAGAAGAAACGUUCAAACUUGCACAGACUUAUAUGGACAAACUAGUGAAGCACAGACAAUAUGCAAAUAAAGCAGCUUUGUUUGGAGAGCUCUGUGCUCUCCUCUUUGCUAAAAGCCACUAUGAUGAGGCUUAUAAAUGGUGUAUAGAAGCUAUGAAGGAAAUCACAAGUGGACUUCCUGUAAAAGUUAUUGUGGAUGUUUUAAGGCAGGCAUCCAAGGCUUGUGUAGUAAAGCGGGAGUUCAAAAAGGCAGAGCAGUUAAUAAAGCAUGCAGUUUACCUUGCACGGGAAAACUUUGGCCCCAAACAUCCCAAAUAUUCUGAUGCACUCCUAGAUUAUGGAUUUUACCUUCUCAAUGUAGAUAACAUAUGCCAAUCUGUCGCAAUAUAUCAGACUGCACUUGAUAUACGACAGUCAGUAUUUGGAGGUAAAAAUAUUCAUGUAGCAACAGCUCAUGAAGACUUGGCGUACUCUUCUUAUGUUCAUCAGUACAGUUCGGGAAAGUUUGACAAUGCACUAUUUCACGCUGAACGUGCCAUAGAGAUCAUCACUCAUAUUCUCCCAGAAGACCAUCUUUUACUUGCUUCAUCUAAAAGAGUAAAGGCACUAAUAUUGGAGGAAAUUGCUAUUGAUUGCCACAACAAAGAGACAGAACAAAAGCUGCUUCAGGAAGCACAUGACCUCCAUCUCUCUUCACUACAGCUGGCCAAAAAAGCCUUUGGAGAAUUUAAUGUACAGACUGCUAAACACUAUGGAAACCUUGGUCGUCUAUAUCAAUCCAUGAGAAAGUUUAAGGAAGCUGAAGAAAUGCACAUUAAAGCAAUCCAGAUAAAGGAACAGCUCCUGGGCCAAGAGGAUUAUGAAGUAGCUUUAUCUGUGGGGCAUUUGGCUUCUUUGUACAACUAUGACAUGAGUCAGUAUGAAAAUGCAGAAAAGCUUUAUCUGCGGUCAAUAGCCAUUGGAAAAAAGCUAUUUGGUGAAGGUUACAGUGGACUGGAGUAUGACUACCGAGGGCUCAUAAAACUUUAUAAUUCUGUUGGCAAUUAUGAAAAAGUAUUUGAGUACCACAAUAUAUUGGCCAACUGGAAUCGGUUGCGGGAUCGUCAGUUUUCUGUCACUGAUGCCCUUGAAGAUGUAAACACCAGCCCCCUUUCAACAGAAGAAGUUGUGCAGUCUUUUCUUAUGUCACAAACCACAGAAGGACAGAAUUGUUAAAAAAAACAAAAAAAAACAAAAACAAACUAAAAUAACUGGUCUGAAUUAACAAUUGUUUUUCCCAUAUAACUGGGAAAAUUCAUACUGUGAAAUAGUAAAAACAGACAAGAGUGGAGAAAUUUUUCUUGGAAAAUGGUCCAGAUAAUGGAUUUGGGUUCAGCAGAAGGUUCGUUGUGGAAUACAAUGAAAACCCCCUUUUCUACGUGAAGCAAGAGGACACUGAACUAGUGUUUCAAAUUGUUUUGCAGCUCCAUUAGGAAGAUGCAAAUAAAACUGAUAAAGAGUUUAUAAAAGUUUUGCUUUAUUGAAUUUUUUCCCUGUUCUUCAUGGGCCCGGUGCUUUCACAUAGAUAUUUUUAGUUCACGCGAGCAAUUAAAUGUUUGAAUGGGAAAUCAGACACAAAAUGUUAUGCGUUCCUUUUACAGCUAGUGAUAGUCCAUGCCAGCUUUUGGAAGAAAAACAAUUUCUACUUCGUUCAGUAGAGAGCCAGAGAAUGGAAGUCACUGUCUCUCCCAGCUAUGUGAACUACUCCAUUUACUGCCUCCUUAGCAUGUUUUGUAAAUGCCAUGUAAGUAUGCUGUUUUCAGUGACUGCUUUUGCUUCAGUGUUCUACAGUGAAUUUGAAUGCACAGUUUAGCAUGCAAGCAUCAUGUAAGUAAGGUCUCGAUACUUGGCUGCCUUUCUCAACACCUGUUGAAACCAUAAGCAGGUAGUUGUAAUCUAAUAUUAUAUCCAGCAAUAAUCUUGAAUUAUUCUGCAGUGUUGGUUUAAAAGAAAGACCUUUCUAAUAGCAACUGGCACCUGUUCUUCUCUAUGUGUUGUCUAACCAUGUGCUGUAAGGAAAGAGUCCUUAUUUUAUUAUUAUUUUGCGUGCUUCAUCUCGCUGACAUACUGACUUUGCCACAGAAGGAAGUUUUGUGUGGAUGAUUCAUGUGUUUGUUGUUG